GAAAGAGGUGUGUGAAGAGGAGGAGGAGGGGAUUGAAGUCGCUGUGGGGAAACAUCGACCUGUUUCAGGAAGAACAGAUGAACCUUAUGUUGGGGAGUUUUUGCGUAAAACAGAAAAACUCGCUGAAAACACGUUUUGGAUUCAAACUUUGUUUCCUGGAUGUCGGCUGGCUGGCAGUGCACACAUGGAGGGUUGUAGGAUGUUCUGCUGAACUCAUCAGAGCAGGAGACCCACGGACCGGACCAGGACGAUGAGGGACCGGCUGGCUGAGCUGACCGCUAGUAACACACAAGCUGAGGAGGAUGUGACGGUCUCUGUGGACACUGACGGCUUCAUGGAGACAUAUUUCAGGAGGGUGGAGGAGGUCAGAGGGCUGAUCGAUAAGAUCUCCUACCAAGUGGAAGAGGUGAGGAAGGUACACAGCAUGAUCCUGUCUGCACCCAACCCAGACGACAGUACCAAGAAUCAGCUGAGUGCACUGACCAACGAUAUCAAAGGGAAUGCCAAUGUGGUGCGAGCUAAGCUAAAAUCCAUGGAACAAAACAUGCCAAAAGAUGAUGUUGCUAAUAGAGCUUCUGUCGACUUCAGGAUCCAGAAAACACAGCACACGGUGCUAUCCAGGAAGUUUGUGGAGGUCAUGACCCAGUACAACGCCACUCAGGUGUCGUUUCGAGAACGGAGCAAAGGAAGGAUCCAGAGACAACUGGAGAUAACUGGAAGAGUGACCACCAAUGAAGAACUGGAGGACAUGUUGGAAAGUGGAAAUCCAUCAAUCUUCACAUCUGAUAUCAUUUCUGAUUCCCAAAUCACACGGCAGGCUGUGAAUGAGAUUGAGUCUCGUCACCAGGACAUUAUGCGUUUGGAGUCCAGCAUCAGAGAGCUUCAUGCAAUGUUCAUGGACAUGGCAAUGCUGGUAGAAACUCAGGGUGAUAUGGUGAACAACAUCGAGAAUAAUGUCUCGAAUGCAGCUGAGUAUAUUUGUCGUGCAAAAGAAGAGACUAAAAAGGCGGUGAGAUACCAGAAGAAAUCACGCAGGAAAUACAUCAUCCUUGCCUUUGCUCUGUUGAUCCUGCUUGCUGUCAUCGCACUAAUUGUUGGCCUGUCUGUUGGRCUAACCAAACGUGCUGUGUGAGACUUUCUGUGACUACUGUGUCAGAAACUCCUCUACCUCGCCGUGUGUGGAAGUCUCCUUCUUGUACUCAUCAUUUUAAUUGGAGUCUUUGGGUAAUGGACUUUUUCAUUUACGAACCUCACAGCGAGCUGUGAUGAACUUUGGCUGGCUUCACAAUACGACUGCCGUUCUCCAUUCACCACUUUUACAAAGAAGAUGCCUUUAGCACAGAGGAACAAAACUAUGAUGGAUUUAAAGCACUUUGAAUGAGUUACAUCAGACUUUUUAAAAUUAAGCUGUUCAGGAGCAGCGCUGUAUGCCCAAACCAGAAUGUGAGGAUCUCACUGACGUUACAUCAUAUUUGUACUUUUUUUCUCUCUGUUGUUGCUUUUUUUCCUGUUGAGUGGCUGUCUCGUAGCAACAUAUAGCAUCAAUGUUGGGGGAAAAAAAUGGCACACAUGCUGAUGUAAGUGGUGUAAGUUUUAAAUAGGUUACUCUGAUAUAUAAUAAGUUGUACACUGAUGCCAACAUACAUGCACAAAAUUUCCACUGUAUGCCGAUGUUUUGCUAAGUUAAGCAUAGGUUACAGGUAUGUGACAGAUAGGUUAUGCACAAGUUUACAUGUUACAUGUAAGUUACUCAUACAUUGGAAACCAGAUGAGUACAUUUACUGCAGAGCUUAUGUGCAAUGUUAGCAUGUUAAAUGUUACAUCACAACAUGCCACGCAAACUUAAUGUUGGGCAUAAGCUCUGCAUACAGCAGGUCAAAAAUCACUGUCAUAUGUUUGUUUACAUUAUGAAUAAUGUCUGGUUCACACGGCAAGAUUUUAAAAUUGUCGGUUGAUUUUCAAAGACUGAGAGUCCACAUAUGAAGAUAAAAAAAUCUCAAAUAUAACAGGUUUGGUUCCACAGUGUGGUGUACAUCCAAACGACAAAAGACAACACACCAUACACGGAUAGAUUUCUCUCACGAACAUUUACACGUCAGAUGGGAAAUCUCACAAAAUCUCUUGAGAUCAAACAUGAGCUCAUAGUAGAUAAAAUGGCAGAUGAGGACGAGGCAAUGGCAAUCGUUUGUGGACUACUUUUAACGGAGACAAAACAAAAAGAUGUCUCUGAUGUCCAUAGCUGCUGUUUUGUCUUCUGUAUUUUGGAUUUCCUUUCGUGUUUUCAUCACCUUGUUUUCUGAUGGGCUACAUGUCACAUUUGACAGGCUGUAUGCUUGUUUGUCCCCGGGGAAACACCACACACGCUGGGAUAUCGGGCCAAGACGUAUUUAAUAUGUUGAAUUUCCCAGAUUUGAGGUCGAAGUAGUUCAGGUGUCUUUCCAAGCCGAUUAGAUCACUCGUAACACACCACACUUGGCAGGAAUAUCUCAUAAGAUUACUUUUAGAGCCAUCACUAUAAACAGGGAAUCAAGAUUGUUGGAAAGGCGAAAUCUGACCAAAAUUCACACAUUACUGUGCUGAGUUUUGACCCGAUUUCGCAAUAAUCUUUGGACAAGUUAUGGAUGACUUUCUCACAAGUUAUAUUUUCAUUCAACACUGUCAAACAAUGACAUUUUAGACAACUUACACCAACUUGUGAAAAUUUUGUUAUGACUAAUUUACUCAUAGGUUAUGUGUUUGUUCAACUCAUUGGCAGUAAGGAAUGUUUACAUCCAAACAAGGCUUCCAGUAAAUUAAAAAUUUUAUUCCAUCUUUAAUGCACUCCAGUGUGUUGGACAAAAUAUACAUUCAUCGACAUAAGUUGUAACCUGGAAUGUCACUUAAGUUGUAUAAAAUAUAGUCUGACAGAACCUUUAGAUAUAUUAGAUAUGUUUUAAUAUAUUUUAAAGCAAUAUUGUAACAGUUUGGAAAAUGAUCUGUGUUCUUAUAUAUAAAAAUAAUCCAUCUGUUUUAAUAACAUGGACCUCCUCAGCUGUGUUGCAGCUUCACGUCAUGCACACAUAAACAUCUGAUUAAAAACCAGAAAACAAUCUUAGUCACAAAAACAAGCCUUUCUAGAGUUGUACAAAGUUUUGACAAAUGUAAUUGUCUCUUUCAACAGCUGAUGCAGUUUGAGUUUAAAUGUUUUCAUGCCUGCUCCCAUGUUCUUUUAGUGAAUGUUCUUUAGAAAUAGAAAAUACCUAAGAACUCAAUAGCAUUCAUUUUCAUUUCCUUAGCUAAGUUUGAACAAUCAGUGACACAGCAGAUCUCACAUGUCUUCUUUACAUUCUGCUUAAUGAAUUAACUUAUUGAACUGUAUUUAUGAUAGUCUUUGUGUGUCAUGACUGAAAUAUUUGUUCUGGAAAAAGUGGUGCAGUGGCCACUUUUUGGGAUUUUUUUUUCAAGAGCACACAUUUUAACAUUUUGUAUUUUAUACUGGAGCUAUAAAAUUAAAUAACUUCAUUAAAAAGUAAAAU